AUGCUCAUUCCACCUUAUCAGAAAUUCCUGAAGGAUGCUGUUCAGCAAAGAACCAGGGAAGCACAAGGGAUGGUAGUGUUGACUCGUGAGUGCAGUGCAAUCAUUCAGCGGAAGGUUAUCUCCGACAAAAAGGAAGAUCCGGGGAGUUUCACUUUACCCUGCAUGUUGGGACCCCUAUCUUUCAAAAACAGCCUCUGCGAUCUAGGAUCAUCUGUCAGCCUCAUGCCUUUGUCUGUAGCAAAGAGACUGGGAUACCACAAGUACCAAGCCUGCGGAAUCUCACUAGUCAUGGCAGAUAGAUCAAUAAGGUUACCAACUGGAAUGCUUGAAGACCUACCUUUGAGGAUAGGGAAUGUAGAAAUCCCCACCGACUUCAUUGUGCUUGAAAUGGAUGAGGAACCAACAGAUCCAUUGAUACUAGGAAGGCCAUUCCUAGCUACAGCAAGAGCAAUGAUAGAUGUCUGUGAAGGCACAAUUGAGCUAAAACACAAUAAAACUCCCCCCAGACUUAACUUGCACCGUCCCUGUAAUAUCCCGCAUCAGAGCCGAAUUUUUCCCGCACAAUCCCAAUCCCAAUGGUCCGGAUGGGAUGAUCAACUCUGCAGACGAAGAGAAGAUAAAGCUGUUUCAAGAACGGUAUGA